CACUUUCAGCUUUAAUUUGUGGGGUUUUGAUGUUUUUGUUCUCAUUUUGUUGUUACUUUAUUUGGGUAUUGGUGCUACUUGUUCCCUUAAAAUAUUGUAGAUGUCCAAUCUUGGGAACCUGGAAAUAUUAGUACUUUUUUCCUCACUUUUUUUCACUGUUGUUGUAUUAUUUUCUUGAUUUUGACUAGUCAAAUAGGCUAUUUUUUGGUUCUCUAAGCUCAGUUUUAGCUUUAAUUUAUGGGUUUUUGAUGUCUUCGUCUUCUUCUUGUUCUUUCUUGAUUUGGUAUUGCUGCUUAUUUCUUACAAAAAAUGUUGUAAAUGUUCAAUCUUGUGAAAUUUUUUCUUCUUAUCUGAGCUGAAUUCUGUGUUUUAGAUGGUUUUUAUAAUUUCUUACAAUGUUGUGAAUGUUCUAUCUUGGGAAAUUUUGCAUGUAAUCUAAUUUGAGUGGGUUUUCUUCUUAUCUGAGCUGAAUUAUGGGUUUUGUGUUGACUUUUUGGGCCUAGUAGUGUAAAUUUUGAUUUUCUUGGCAGCAGGAUGAGUAUUUGGAUAAUUGAAUCAAAUUGAAAAGUUUUGAAUUUUUGUAGCUUCACCCUAAUAUUGAUGGAAAUAAUAUGUUUACAACAGCUAGUUCUUUGGUCUGGAACAACUGAUGUCACUUGAAUAUUACUUCCAAAGUAGUAUCUUUUGUUAGAACUUCAUUAUUUAUAAGGCUGUUGGUUUAUGAAGAGGUGUGAUUAACAACUGUUUUGCUCCUAGUGAUCCUUGAUUUGCUUUGAUGUAUCCCAAAAACUUGUUCUGCUUCCAAUAACAAUGACUUAUGAUAGAAAUGCUAACAAUCUGUAGAUCUGCUAUUGAGUUUCAAGUGCAUACUGUCUACUUGAAGCUCUGCCCGAAUGGUUGCCCCUUAUGAACGACCUGCGUUAAGCAAGGGUUAUUUACUUCCAGAAGAUCCUGCACGUCUGCCUGCUUUUCAUUGUUGUGUUGGUACAAAUGAGGAAAGGUUGACAUCGAAGUGGUACAAGGAACAUGGCAUUGAACUGGUCCUUGGAACUCGUGUAAAAUCAGCUGAUGUGAGACGGAAGACAUUGUUGACUGCAACCGGUGAAACCAUAACCUACAAGUUUCUCAUAGUGGCAACUGGUGCUCGGGCUUUGAAGCUUGAAGAGUUUGGAGUGAGUGGCUCAGAUGCUGAAAGUGUAUGUUAUUUACGAGAUUUGGCUGAUGCAAACAGGCUGGUUAAUGUGAUGCAAUCCAGCAGUGGUGGCAAUGCUGUUGUAAUUGGUGGUGGCUACAUCGGAAUGGAAUGUGCUGCUUCUUUGGUGAUCAACAACAUAAAUGUCACCAUGGUCUUUCCAGAACCACACUGUAUGGCCCGUUUAUUUACUCCUAAAAUUGCAAGUUACUAUGAAGAAUUUUACCGGUCAAAAGGAGUUCAGUUUGUCAAAGGAACAGUCUUGGCAUCAUUUGAUUUUGACUCCAAUCAGAAGAUCACUGCAGUGAAUCUGAGAGAUGGAACCAAGCUAUCUGCUGACAUGGUCAUAGUAGGCAUUGGAAUUCGACCAAAUACUAGCCUCUUUGAAGGGCAACUCACUCUUGAGAAAGGAGGGAUAAAAGUCAAUGGACGAAUGCAGUCAAGCAACAGUUCAGUCUAUGCUGUUGGGGAUGUUGCAACUUUUCCUGUCAAAACUUUCGGUGAAACACGGAGACUUGAACAUGUUGAUUCUGCAAGGAAGGCAGCAAGACAUGCAGUAGCUGCAAUCAUGGAACCAGAGAAAACAACUGAGUUUGACUACUUGCCGUUCUUCUACUCCAGAGUCUUCACACUCUCUUGGCAGUUUUAUGGUGACAAUACUGGUGAUGUAGUCCAUUUUGGGGAUUUCUUGGGCAAUAGCUUUGGUGCAUACUGGGUGAACAAAGGUCAUGUCGUUGGGUCUUUUCUAGAGGGUGGAACGAAAGAGGAGUACAAAGCUAUUGCAAAGAUCACAAGGCUCAAACCAGCAAUCGAGGACUUGGCUGAUCUUGAGACACAGGGAUUAGAAUUUGCAUUGGCAUUGAGUCGUCAAGCAGAGCCAACGGAGGCUGUUGUUGUCAGCAGUGGUUCGGGUUCCACUAUUGUUACGGAGAAACCUUUACAUGCUUGGCAUGCAACAGCUGGAGUAAUAUUGGCUGCAUCAAUUGCUGCUUUUGCAUACUUGUAUGGUAGGAGGCGUAGAAGAUGGUAAAUGUCUUUGUUCAAGAAGCAUUCCCCACUGGAUGAUUUUUACACGUCGAUUCCAGCUGUGUUGUAUGAUUUUAGCUUUAGAGAAUUCGAAAUACUUGGCCUGAAAAUGGCAUAAAUCUUACAGACAUGUAUUCUCCCUUUGAAAGUAUAUAUCAAUCAAUACACGUUAUCCUCAAUUCCUCA